AUGCAAGAUGUCCUGAUCAACAUAUACAUGUGUAACUUCCGCUCACUAGGGCCAGCUGUCGCCGAAACUAUGACACCAGAGUACUCCGGCGACAGUUGGAAACCCUUUGUUGCGUGCCGUGAGAACACUGAGUCAACCGUUUCGGAAUGUCUUUUGGAGCUGGAAAAGGAUUGUAUCGCGUCCAAGCACCUGGCGACCAAAGUUGUCCGCCUGACACUUGACAGCUACGCGAGGGUCCUUGAGCAUCUUCCUAACUUGAGACUGGUGCACCUGUUCCGCGACCCCCGAGCUGUGAUCAACUCGCGCCAGACGACCACCUGGUAUCACCUACAUAAUGAAAAAUCCACUGUACAGGACGCCAGAGAGCUCUGCAACCGCAUGCUAUACGAUAUCGAAUACAGUGCCAACCUUACCGAGACAUUCCCUGACAGAUUUUUGACAGUUAUGUUUGAAGAUUUACGGGAAAAUCUUCCAGAGAAAAGUAAAAUACUUUACCAAUAUUUUGGACUAAGCACAGAAGGUUUAGAGGAUAAACUUGCGUCCAUGGCGCCAAUUAAGCAGAAUGAAAAAACCAUUAUGGCGGAGGAUGGUGACUACUCAGGAUGGUGGAGAAAACGGCUGCCAUAUAGUACCGUUGAACUUAUCCAGGAUGCGUGCGCAGAUGCGAUGGAUGUUUUAGGGUACAGACAUUUUAGUUCAGAAAGUGAACAGCUCAAUUUUGAUAUAAGUGCCUUCAAAUUUAGUUCUAAGUUGACACUUCAAAUGUAA